AUCCUACACCCAUCUCCGAGAACUUACUGACCUUGCAAACGUGACCUUGUUGACCUUCGUGGCCCCCGAUGUACACCAUAAGGUCCACGAGCAUUGGCACCAAUUCCCGGUGCCACAUCCGCUCUGGCACCCAGUCCUCGGCACUCUCUACGUAAUCAUAGGUCUCCUGGCGCUGACGGGCAACAGUAUGGUACUGUGGGUCUUCGCCAUGACCAGAAGCCUCCGCUCGGGCACCAACCUCCUCACCAUGAACCUGGCGCUCUCAGAUCUCCUGAUGAUGCUCACACAGUUUCCGGUCCUCAUCUCGAACUGCUUCCACCAGUCGUGGACGCUCGGGCCGCUGGCUUGUGAGAUCUACGGCUUCUGCGGCGCCCUCUUCGGAACCGUAUCCAUCAUCACCAUGGCCCUCAUCGCCUUCGACCGGUACCGCGCCAUCGUCACGCCCUUCGCAGUCCCCGCUCAGCAGGAGGAACUAAUCCUUGUACCCCGUAAUCACCAGGGCGGCGGCUGA